AUGGUCGACUACAACGAGAAUGUAUAUGGCCGACGAGGAUUGGACGGCAGAAGUCACAUUCCAGCAUUGCCUUUCUGGGUCGCUCUCAUCCGCAUUGCUCAAUUUAUUCUAGCCCUCAUCACCCUCAUUCUCGCUGGAUAUGCGUCCGGCGUCUUCGGAGCAGGAUAUUUCCCUGGCUAUGGCAUGACAUUUUUCACCUUCGCGUGGACCGUCUUAUUCUUACUCUAUAUAUUCGUCACUCCACUCUGGUUCCCGCAAGUGUACCUCUACUGGGCACACCUCGGCUUCGAAAUCGCAACCGUAAUCUUCUGGCUCGUCACAUUCGCCCUCCUCGCUCAAGAAGCAGCUGUUUGGAACGCUUUCUCAACGGCUGACGCCGAACUCAACACCGCACUUUCAGAGGCUGGUUCCAACGCUAUUGUCUUCCCGCAUUGGGAUCAAGCUAUCAAGGCUACCAAAGCUGCAGCAGGAAUUGGUGCCUUGACUUGGCUUCUGUUCAUUGUUACUCUUGUUGUCUUUAGUUUCUUGCUCCACAAACACCGCGUCGCAAACGGCUCAACGGGAUUCGGAAUCAGUCGUCCUGCAGCAGCACCAACAGACGUCGAAGCCAAACCCGCUACAACGACAGAAAAGAUCCCUACUACUACCGCGGAACCACCGCUCGAGCUCAACGAUGUCAAUGGUGCGCAGCACCAGGUGUCUUCGCCUGCUUUUGCUUAG